CCGUUUUUGUCCUCUUCUCCUCGGCUCCGUUUUCGGUUCGCGCUGCAUCCAUCCCACAGCCAUCAUAAUAGUUAUUGUCAUUUUUUUCCUGGCUCCUGAAAAAUAUAAUUACAAUUUUAAUGGUUUGCAAUUCUGGUGGAAAAAUGUUGGCCCGCUCGACAACGACUGCAGCAGCAUAAUUUGGCGGUGGCCGCAAGCCGCGUAUCGAUAGGAAACUCGCGAGUGUGUGAUUUGGAAGAGGGACGAUUGGCAAAAAAAAACUUUGUUUUGGGAGGUGAAAAGUCUCGGAACGUCUUCCGGACGGAUUGCUCGGGACGAUGGCGUCGACAGGGCUGGUGGACAAGUCGUUCGUGAACAGCAACGACGAGCUGUUCUACCUGAAGUGGAACAACUUCCAGAAGAACGUGAGCACCCAGUUUGAGAAGCUGCGGGAGGACGACGACCUGGUGGACAUUACGUUUGCGUGCGAGGGCCGGAAGCUGACGGCGCACAAGCUGGUGCUGUUUGCGUGCAGUCCGUUCUUCAAGGAGCUGCUGAAGAAAAAUCCUUCCCCUCAUCCGGUGUUCUUCAUGAAUGACGUCAAGUUCGAUGUGCUGAAGGCGAUUCUGGAGUACAUGUAUCUGGGGGAGGUCCACAUAACCAACGAGAAUUUGAAGGAUUUCAUUAAAACGGCCGAGGGCCUGCAGAUUCGGGGUCUCAGCAAGGAGAAUAACACUGAGCUGGCGAUGCCUCCGGCCGCACCAACCCCCCAACCUGCGGUGAGCCACAUGGCCCCGAUCGGGCGCAAGGUCAUCAUCGACGACAAGGAGACCAUCAUAACCGCGGAGAACGUACAGCUGCUGGACGAGCUGUGCCGCAAGCGUCCCGUUGACACCGGUGAUCUUGGCGGCGGCGGCCAGGUGGUCGGCCUCAACAUCAAGCGUAUCAAAACUGCGACCGUCGUCGAGACGCAGAUCCAGUCCGAUGGCAGCGGUUCCUCCAACGUAGAGCCCAAGGUGGAGAUGGUCGAGUAUCUGGACGCGGAAACGACCAACCACCAGUCGCCGCAGUACUGCAGCAUGGACAACUUCACGGAGAAGAGCAACUCGCGCAACAACAUGACCCACAUGGGGCAGAUCAACGCGGCUACCUUCACGCAAACUCCGACGCAACCGAGCAGCUCUGGCCACCAGCAGCAGCAGCAACAGCAACAACAACAACAGCAGCAGCACGUCCAGCACGAGUACAAAUCCGAAGAGGACAGCAGCUGGAUGGACAAAUCACUGGACAACAUAUCGGUCAAUUCGGAACACCAACAGCAGUCUGGACAGCAAACCGUCAAGUACAAGGGCAAGUCGAGUAGUGGCGGCGGAACCGGCGGAGGAAGCAGCAGCCGAUCGCAGCGCUCCAACGAGGACAAAACCAACUGCCUAACGCCACGCUGCUGCCCGGUAUGCUCACGACUCUACUCGAACGUAUCGAACCUCCGCCAGCACAUGCGCCUCAUCCACAACCCAACGGCCGUCUGCUGUCCAAUCUGCCAAAAGCACUUCAACUCCGAGCUCUACCUAAAGCGGCACUACUCGUCGAUCCACUCGAUCAACGCCGGCGGCGGCACGGGAACCAACGAACCGGGUGAACUCGUAGAUCAGAAGCCGCCAGCGCAGCUGGCCACUCAACAGCAAGGACAAGCCCCCCAGCAGCAGCAGCAGCAACAGCAAGGUCAACAGCAGCAACAACAAGCGACCUCCCAACAGCAGCAGCAGCAGCAACAGGCACCGACGUCGGCCAGCACAAACACGUGGAAUCCGUACCAUCAUCACACCGUCGGUGACACGCAGCUGGUGAAUCCGUUCAUCAAAUAAUUACAGGUUGGUUUGGAGGGGGAGCAGCGGCAGCAAGGUCGGCUUCCUCGCUUGGUCGCGAUUUGCUCGCUGGGUCAGCUCGUUGGUGGAACCUCCCGUUUGGGGACAGAUUGCGAAAUCUGAUUUUUUUUUAUGUUGUCUUUUAUUAUUUCUUCGAGUUGAAGAAUGGUUUUUUUAAAAAUAAAUAACAUUUAACAUACAGCGUGUUCCGUUUGACCGCGAUAAAAAAACAGUUUUGGGUUGAAAUUUACUUCUAAAAAACACCUUUAGUCACGCUCCUCAACGACCCAGUUUGAGUUAUCCCACAAAUUAGCAAGAUUUAUGCACGAAAUGCAAAAAUCUUGCGGAUCCUCAAUUAUAAAAUCGCAUAAACACACAUUUUCUGUACAAAUCAAAAUUGAAAACACAUAAAAAAAAGGACUAACAUAAAGUUACAUGUAGCGUAAAGAGUACUAACUAAAUCCCAACAAAAAAUAAAACAAUAUCAAGUUGAAAAGCUGUUGUGUAUCUGUACUUAGUGAGCGCGCGAAAAGGGAGUUAAACUGUACAAAGUGAAAAGGGCAUUUUGCUACCAACAAUGAUAAGGCAUUUCCGGGGGAACUGUGAGUGUUUAUAAAGUGAAAAUCAACCAAACUAAUGUCGAAAUACCACACCAACAACAAUAAGGUCUCCUUUCCCGAGCAAAGAAUUUUAAACUGGUUUGUGUAACAUUUUAUUGUGUAGAGGAGUUGCAUUAAACCUCUACCAUUUUGUUUGUAUACUAUGUAGCGCGUAGGUAGUUUUUAUAAGGCAGUUUGGGUAAGUUUGAAGUAGGUUUUAGUUGCUUUCUUGCACGGAAAAGUGAAGAAUCGCUCUCGGAAAGUUAUUGUUUAGAUUUUACAAAUUAGGCUUAGAGAAAUUUAGCUUUAUUUUAUGUUAGCACUAUUGUUUAACACCGGAAAGAGAAUAUUAACACACCUUUGAAUGAACCCACACACAUACAGAUGAUCAUAUGCUUGGUUUGGCUUUUGCAAGUAAAAACUAAAAAUAUAAACACUAGAUUUGGAGGCAGAUAGUAAGAAUAUUAGCAAGUAAGAAUUACAAAAAAAAAUCUAUUAGAUAAUGAGUAGCCUUGUACAGCAAGAAGUGCAGAAUUACGGUUAAAUGUGUACAUAAAGCUAAGUUAAACAACUAUUGGAGAAGUAAAUAAAUUGAUAUCACCUUAAA